AUGGUACUAAAGCGCCUACGAGCCGACUGGAGGGAGGAUACCGAGAAGGCGGUUGGGGGCAUGAAGAGCGAGGAGGCAUUGCAGGGCAUGGACAGGCGGGCAUGGCGUUGGUUGUUCUUCGGAGACUCGACAGUCAUGCGACUCUUCUCCUAUUCCAGGCUUGCGAAUGAUUUGGUUUCACAGGGCGGGAGGAGGGUGCAGCUACUUCACGGCGAUAGGUUUAUCUGCGACACAAGGGAGAGCCGGAGGUGUGCCAAUCAGCACAUCUUCGGGCUGACAACUGCGCGAGUGUGGUCACCUCCUCGUUUCGAGCUGGGAGAGGGACCCAUCAAAUUUGGGUUGACGCAUCCCCACUGUCAAGACUGCAGCGGAUGUCAUUCGCUCUUCCUCCUCUGCAGGCCGCGCAGGCAGAGCACAGAAAGGUUCAGUCCAGCAGAAGCCCAGGUGAGCUACGGAGGCUACCUCUCGAUCGAAUAUGCAAGGGACGUUGAAAUGCAGAGCGAAGAGUCGACGACAACACAAGAGAAUAUUGCUUCCUUCCUGGCCCGUUCCUUCAAUUCACCAGCCCUCCUUUCUGCCUGGAAGCCUCCAGUCUGUAUCGUCAGUGCAGGCAACCAUGACGUUGCUAUCCCUCACAUGCGCCUAUCACAGUACGUUGAAAACGUGAAGUGGUACCUCCUCCUCCUCCUCCAACAGUGCUACCAUAUCCUGUGGCUGACCAACACUGCACCUGCCUCCAACAACUUCUCACAGAAAGUAGAGCAAACGCAAAAUUGGGACAUGGCGGUGAGGAUGAUGCUGCAAAAUUCAACGGAGUUGCGCAAGAAGACGAGCGUCAUAGACGUGUUCGAGGCAUCAAGGGUCUGGCGACACGCAGACAAUGUACACAUGGAUGAGGAGUGGUACCGGAGGCUGGGAGGUUGGUGGAUGUCAUUAAUCCAACGACUCCAAGUGAAGACGAAAGCCAACUGA